AUGUCGAAGAGACGGAAAGACGACCAGGGCCGGCGGGGAAACCGUGAGUACUCAAAUCGUAAAAGAGAUGAACCAAAGCAGUUCAAUGCUACAGUAGAGGAGUCGGUGCCGUGUCUGUAUGCAGACGUGUUCUCAGAGUACAAGACGGAGCUGGAACGUCGUCACGACCGACAUGAGCGACUGGUGAAACUGAGUCGAGACACCACCAUCCACAGCAAGAGAGCCAUCUUCUUGCUCCACCGAGCAGCCAUCCUCGAUAGAGGAGGCAGCGAGAGAGAAGAGAGACUGGAUGAGGCCGAGGGGAAACUUCAGGAGGUGGGGCAGUUCCUGCAGUCCACAGCCAGGGAGCUGACGGGUCUGGACCCCUGGCUCCACCUCUCAGCCUUCUCCCCCGGCCUUCAGGAGUUCGUGGAGGCUCUGGCUUACUACGUGUUCUUGCGACAGGGUGGGUUGGUGAGCCACGAAGAGGUGUGCCACUGGCUGGAGUUCUCAUGUGCGGAUGAGGGGUCUGGAGAUGGGGAGGCUGUGUGUGUACCACUCAGUCGACUCAACUAUGUGCUAGGUAUUGCAGACUUGACUGGGGAACUGAUGCGAAUGUGUAUCACGGCAGUCGGAGCAGGACAGCAAAGGGUUCCGUUUCAACUGCUGCCCUUCAUUUCCUCCAUCUACCAUGGGUUCCAGAGCCUUCCACCCAUCUCCAAGGAAAUCUUACACAAACUUCGCACGCUGCGAUCGAGUGUGGGGAAGAUCGAAACUGCCUGCUACACUCUAAAGAUACGAGGCUCUGAGAUCCCCAGGCACAUGCUGGGCGACGUGUUCCACAGCACAGCCAGUCAGGAAUCCGAUCCGUUUGACCAGUGA